UAUUGUCUGGGUUGUUAGUCUUUGAUGGUCUUUUGAAAUAAUAAGAUCGUCAUUAUAUAUAUAAAUAUACUCGGUAUUAACGGUUUGUGGCAACAAUGAGUUAAUUACAACGAUCUGCGUUAAGAAUACAAUUUCAUUAUACGAAAUUGAAGUGACAAUUGAAAUGGCACGUCUAACAUUGUUAUUAAAUGGCGUUCUAACAUUCAUUGUCGUGACGGUAUAUUCUUCCGACGAAGAUGCAUUGAAAUCAUUGACCAACAUAAUACCGGAACAUUAUAACAUCAAGCUUAGACUACGUGUCGAACAAAAUACUUUCAUCGGCGACUGCGAGAUUAAUAUCCAAAUUCUUGAAACGACCCACAAAAUAACCAUGUUUGCAGAAAAAAUGAGCAUAAUGCAAUCAAAAUUGAUGCUUCCACUGUCUAACCCGAAUACAUUUGAGAUCUAUAAUGAAGUCGGACAUUUGUAUGAUUAUGAUAGAAAUAUGUUCAAUAUUUAUUUUAAUGAAAAAUUAUUACCAGGGUAUUACAUUCUGAAUGUAAUAUAUACCAGUUCUAUGUUUAAUGACGGAGGUUUUCAGCGAAUUUUCAGCAAAGAGAGAGUAAUAUGGUUGUCCGCAACACUUUUCCAGCCAAUAUGGGCUCGACGAAUGUUUCCAUGUUGGGACUCAUUAAAGACCACCUUCAAUAUUUCCGUACAACAUCCUGCAGAGUAUACAAUUUUGUCAAACACGCCGAUGCGAGUAAUAUCUGUUAUCAAAUUUGAGAAGGAUUUGGAUAACAAUAACAUGCAGUGGACACACUUCUAUAGAACUCCUGCAAUGUCCCCCUUUCUCUUAUCGAUUGUUGUAACUAAUUUUAUUGGCUAUUUCCUUCAUAAUGAUAAUUAUAAUGCCACCAUAUGGUGCGACAAAGGAUCAAUAAGUUCCUUGCAAUUUGCACGGGCGAUUGCUGGAAAUGUCACGUUAUACUUGGAAAGAGAAUGGAAGCGUUUGCAACAGUUUCCGAAAGUGAAUUAUUUAGUAAUUCCGCAUUUUCAAGAGCGAAACGAUAGCAUGGCGAAUUUGGGAAUCAUCCUUUAUAAUGAAGCAGAUGUUGUCUAUAAUGAGGAAACAGACUCUAUUAGAUGCAAAUAUAACGUGAUGUACGUAAUAGGAUAUAAAAUAAUACGAGAAUGGUUUGAGAGUGUAGUCAAUCCAUUUUGGUGGCCUAACUCAUGGUUGAGAAAAGGUUUUACUACGUUCUUUACAAUGCAUACCCUCAAUCAGACUUUGUCAAAUUUUCGGAUAAUAGACUUGUUCGUGGUCCAAUUUCAACAUGAAUCCCUUCAUUUUGACGUUGAUGACAGAAUGUUACCUCGAAAUUAUCAAGGCAAAGUCGUUUCGGUUGAGAUUCCUAAUUACAUCAAAGCAUCCGUUAUACUCCGCAUGUUACAACAUGUCUUUGACAUAGAUGCAUUUUGGCAGACUAUCCAUACAUAUUUAUAUAAAAAGUAA